GAUUCUCGAAUCUCGAUCUCCCUGCUCUACCCGCAUCACCCCGCCGUUGCCGGCCCCUUCCUCCCGCUUCCCACCUCGCCGUCGCCACCUCUUCCUCUUCCUCAUCGCCGGCGCUUGCGCGCCCCUUCUCCACCCCGUUGACCGCCGCACCCACGGCCUCGCCGUUGCAGCACUCGUGCGAUCCGGUCACGAGUGGAGCGCACGAGCUCAUUCGCUGCUUCCGCCUCCCCCUCUUCCUUGCCGGAGCCCGCGCCUCCUCUCCUCGCCGGCGCCUUCGCCUGCUCCUGCGCCCCCUUCUCCACGUCGCACCCACGGCCUCGUGUUGCUGCCCUCGUGAGAUCCGGUCGCGAGCGCCCGACCUAGGCCGCUGCCUCAGUCUCUCCUCGCUCGGUCGCAUCACCACCGCCGGAGACGGACCGAGGUGCUCUGCGAGACUCCGCGCCAUAGAGCUCCUCCUACGGCGGGUUCUUUUCCGUCCGGUAGCUGGGUUCCCUGAAGCCAGUCAUGGCGAUGACCACCGCCGUGACGGGCCUCGCCGUCGCAGCAACCGCUCCCAUUCGCUCCUUCCUCUCGUCCGCCGCCGCCUCUGUCAGCCUGCCCGCCGAUCUUCGUGACCUCGCCUCCGACCUAGCCUCGGACCCUGCCGUCUCCUACCGCUCUCUGCGUGCCAUCUGGUGCGCCACCUCGCCGGACACCCGCCCGCCGCUCCGCGACCUCCUCCAGGGCGCCGACUUCGUGCUACCCAGCCCGAAACCUCGUGAGAAGAGCGAUGAGCUGAAGGCGAGGCUGGAGAAGCUCCGGGAGACACAGGAGAGGAAGGAGUAUGCUGAGCUCGUCAGGGACGUCGCUCCGCCCAGCAAGGAUGACGCUCCUGAGCCCUUUUCAUCCUACAAGGAUCAGAUAGGAUUUGGUCUGCAUGUCGUGGUUAUUAUGUUCACAGGUUACUUGGUAGGAUUUGCUAUGUUCAAAGCUCUGUUCAACAAUAAUGCUGUACUGAACGCUGCUGGAGGUAUCUUAGGAUUAGUUGGUGGCAUGCUGGUUGAGACCAUUCUCUUCAUCAUCAGAUCAUCGAGUAAAGAGUUAGCCUCUGUUCCAAGAUCAAAGAAAGCUCAGUAGACUCUUGAAAUGCUAUCAUCAGUUAGUGGUGAGAGCUAUAAGUGGCCUUAGCUUGUGGAAGUCUAUGGAGCAUUGGUAUGGGUUUGAAAAUGCAAUUCAUCGAAUAUAUGCAAUUGACAUCCGAUUUGAAUUUGCAUCAUGAAGGAAUAGGGCAGAGGGAUUUGAUUUCAAUAUUAUUAGCUACCCAGAAUUUUGUAUCUCGCCCAAUGAUUGGCUCGAUGAUAAUUGAAGAACAUGUACCUACGGAUAUGUAAAAAGUACAUACAAGAAGAUGGUAUGCUUAACAGCUUAAGUACCAUUGGAGAGUAUAUUGGCU